AUGAAAAUCAAUUCUUUACAAUAUGAUUGUUUGAAUUAUUAUUAUAUUUAUCAUAAAGAAGUCGCUUAUCAAGGAUUAUUAGAUAUGAUCGAUGAAGUUAUUCCAUAUUGUUUUCGUCCAGCAAAUAACUUCAAUGAAUCAUUCGAAGAUGUUGUCAAUCCACUUUCUCAAAAGUUAAGUUUUGAAGAACUACGUUUGGCCAACAUCACUUCACAACAACUUCUCUCGUGGUCAAUUGCAAUUGAUGUGGCUGAACGAUAUCAAUUCUAUUUGAAUGAACCGAAAUUUUUAUUGAAUGAGCAUGUCUACAAUUGUACUGAGCCAUGGUUUGGUCUUCGUUGUCAAUAUUCAUUUGAGUUUGGUGAAUCAAUGUUCUUUAACCAAAUUGUUAAAGAUGAAUUUCUUGGAAGAAAACCGUACUCCGAGUCAUCUGAUAUAAUGGUUCAGAUGCCAUGCUAUAUUUUUCUAAAAUGCCAUCGUAAUGGUCAGUUUUGGUGUCUUGAUUGGCGUGAAGUUUGUGAUGGGAAUGUUGAUUGUUACGAUGAAGGUCUCGAUGAGGAAUCUUGCUUCGAUAUGGAAUUAAAUGAAUGUAAAGAAGAUGAAUAUCGAUGCCACAAUGGUUUGUGCAUUUCAAAUGAUUUAUGGGAAGAAGGUAAAGGUGAUGCCGAUUGUCUCGAUCGAUCGGAUGAAGUACUAGAUGCCUCAUAUAUUGAGCUUUGUUUUCAAGAUCCGACAUUUCGUUGUGAAGAACAUUCUUGCAGACCCAAUGCUGAUAAAUUUCCAUGUGGAGAUGGACAAUGUGUUCCGAAAUUUAAAACAUGUCCCAAUGGCCGCCAUGUACUACUGAUAGAAUCAAUGACAGCUAAAGGUCAUCUGACAAAUGAAUGCUGGACUGCUAUGGUCUGUCUCACCAAACUUGUUGAGCAAGUUAAUGGAACUUUAUGUGAACGAUGGAUAAUGAACAAUUUAGCUUAUGAGUUUCUGAAACAAUGUGAUUAUUUCUUUCAAUUUCCAAUUAUUCCAAUUCAUUCUGCUCAUAUUCGUUUCUUCUAUGAAAAUUGUCAUUUGAAACCAACUUUGAAACUGUUUUUUAUACCCGAUUAUAUUUGUUAUGAUCAACAAUUAUGUGAUUCUAUCAUACCUCAAUUAGUUCAUGAAAAUCUUACGUGUCUACAGAAUCAUACAUUGUUACUGGAAUUGGAUAGAAUUCAAAACGGGACUUAUGCAUGUGUAUCUCCUAUCAAUUACACAGUGAUUUGUUUGUCUGCUGAACAAGUUAAUGAUGGAAAAGAAGUCGAUUGUCUUGGAGCAGCAGAUGAACAACAAGAAUGUCGAUGGGAAUAUCCUACGAGAGAAUUUUCUCUUUGGUUUCGCUGUUCAAACGAUGACGUAUGUUUACAAUCAUCUAAAUUAUGUGACAAUAACUUGAAUUGUCCAUUGGGUGAUGAUGAACAUUUCUGCAACAAUCUUACAAUUAGAUGUGACAAAGGAUCAGUACACAAUCGUAGUGAAAUUGAAGAAGUUCUUUGUGGACUGAGCGAAGCUGAAAAUGAUAGAAUUGAAUACUUUUCUGUGCACACAUCAUCCAACUAUCCUUCAUCAGAAGAGAAUAUCUUUGAUGAAACCAUUCAUUGGCCAAUAGAACGACAUCCUUUGGUAAAUAUCAAUGCAUCUCGAGUUAAAGAUAACUUGUGGGCAUGGUAUUGCAAUCGUGGACUCAUUAUUCAUACAUUGAUCGAAAACAAUAGUUGUGAUAAGACAUGUAUGUGUCCACCUAGCUAUUAUGGUCAUUUAUGUCAAUAUCAAAAUCAACGAAUUAGUUUAACAUUACGAUUAAGUUCAAUUGAUACACAUGCUACAUAUGCUUUUGUUAUUAUGUUGAUCGAUGACAAUGAUGAAGAACAAAAGAUUGAUGCUCGUUUUGAUUUGACUUGUUUCAUCGAUGAAUUCUAUAUUUGUUUAUGUACAAAUGAUCAUCAUGCUAAUUGUAUGGAAUUCAAUCAUGAUAGAAAUUUUCAAUGUAUAUUGAAUAAUCAUUGUGCAAAUGAAGCACAAUGUUUACAAGAUCAUCCGAUUUGUCCAUCUACAAGGAUUUGUAUAUGUCCCAAUUGUUUUUUUGGUAAUAAAUGUCAAUUUUAUGCAAAAGGUCUUGGUUCAACAUUGGAUGAAAUCUUAGGUUAUGAGUUUAAACAUAAUACAAUCUUAUCUAAACAAUCUUAUAGAAUAAAAGUGAGUGUUGUUAUCACAAUCUUGAUAUUUGUAAUAGACAACUGGCUUAAUGCUUGUGUAGCAAUAGAACGAACAGUUUCUGUAUUUCAAGGAGUUUAUUUUAACAAGAAUAAAAGCAAACAAAUUGCCUAUUAUAUAAUUAUAUUAUUAUUUGUUUUUAUCUUCUGUCUUUCUAUUACACAAUUAGUUAAGCUUCAUGUAUUUGAAGAUAAAAUAGAAGAACGAAGUUGGUGUGUUGUUACUUAUUCAUCAUGGUUACAAACCUAUAGUUCAAUUUGGACAUUUUUUCAUUAUUUUGCUCCAUUAUUUAUCAAUCUACUCUCAGCAUUAUUAAUUAUCAUAAAAACUACUCAUCAACGAGUUGGCACUCAAACUAGUCUUAGUUUCUUGAUCCUGCUUAGACAUAAAUUAAAAAAAUAUAAAUAUCUUCUAAUUAGUCCUGCUAUUAUCUUAAUUUUAACAUUACCUCAUUUUAUUAUUUCAAUUAUAUUGGAUUGUAAUAAAUCAUCUCAUUUAUUUUGGUUUUAUCUUAUUGGUUAUUUUCUUUCAUUUAUUCCGGCAGCAUUUAUUUUUAUAAUCUUUGUUGUAUCAUCACCACUUUACAGACAAGAAUUUAAGAAAACUCAAAUGCUCUUCUAA